AUGAGCAAACGAAAGCAGGACGUUGGCGACAAGGUUAUGAACAAGAACACCGCCACCACCGACGACGAGAGCGGCGAAGACGAGGACUUUGAUGUACUCAACGUUGACUUCGAAUGGUUCGAUCCUCAGCCAGAGAUCGACUACCACGGCAUAAAGACUCUUCUGCAACAGCUCUUUGAUGUUGAUGCUCAACUGUUCGAGCUGUCGGCAUUGACCGACUUGAUCCUGUCGCAGCCGACCCUGGGUUCAACUGUUAAAGUGGACGGAAAUGAGACAGAUCCAUACGCAUUCCUCUCUGUCGUCAAUCUUCAAGAGCAUAAGGAUAAGCCGUUUAUUGCUACAUUGAUCCAGUACCUGCGGUCGAAAGCCAACUCAAAGCCCGAACUUGCUCCUUUGGCCCAACUACUCUCCCAGUCCACAAUACCUGCCAUUGGCCUGGUUUUUACAGAACGACUGAUCAAUGUCCCUUCAGAAAUCGUCCCACCCAUGUACACGAUGUUGCUGGAGGAGAUAGACUGGGCUCUUCAGGACAAAGAGCCAUAUAACUUUUCCCACUACCUCAUACUCUCCAAGACCUACACCGAAGUCGCUUCAAAACUCGACGCCGAAGACGAUCGACCGAAGAAGAAGAAAAAGGCAGCCGGCGGUUCUUUCGAGACAAUGUACUUCCAUCCAGAAGAUGAAGUGCUGCAAAGACAUGCCCUCUGUCACGGCGGGUUCGACUAUUCCACCAAGCAGGAUGAAGGACACUCUGACUCGAAACGGGCUUUCCAGGAGCUUGGGAUCAAACCACAAGGCCAUGCGAUUCUGAUCUCGGCCGAUCAGUUCAAGCCUGCAAUAAAUGAGGUUGCGGAAUAUCUGAAACCCCAGGCGUGA